GGGCAAUUGAGCUUUUAUUGAAAGCAGCACAGAGUUUUGACCUAGUACCUGAAAAGCGUAAUUCAAUUCUCGAUCUUGUCAUUGAUACUUUACGAGAUGCUGGAGUUUUUGCAGAUGGAAUUCAACGUAUCCCGGUGCUUCAGAAGGCUCUCAAUUUAGGAACUUCACUAAACGACAGAACUUUCCUUUUCGCAGUCUAUGACGAAUUUUUGGGUGCAGAUUCAAUUCCACAAUUAUUUCAGCCACCUGCACCAUAUCUUGAAGAAUAUUUGAAUUCCUCUACCGAUCUUACGUCGCCGAUUACCAGAAAAAAGUUGGAUUUAUACUGUGAUUUCUGUGUUACACAUCGUCAAUACCUCAAAGCCGCUAAAGUCAAAGAAUAUAUAGCUAAAAACCAUGG